CUGUAUAUCAGAAUCAUAACGUGGAUCUCGAAGAGCAAACCAUUCUUCGUCACUCUCUCGUCUUGAGGCGCGGUGUGACGUUCCACUCGUUUUGAAACGUGAAUUUGGUGUGCAUAUUUUGCUCCUUAAUCUUGGAUAGCCACCUUCUGAAAGAUUAUCCUCCUGGUCCAGAAUUAGUGUAUUUUCCUACAUCGGAAAAGGAAUAAGUGAUGGCACUGGUUAGCGAUUUGAAAAUGCUGCUGUCCUUCCGUGGGGCGUUUGGUCAGAUACGGAAUAUUCAUGUAACGGCAGCAGCGAACAAUGUUGCGGCUAAGAAGGUUAAAAAGUUCCAGAUCUACCGGUGGAACCCCGACAAGCCAUCGGAAAAACCCCAUAACCAGACCUAUGACGUAGAUUUGAAUACCUGUGGUCCAAUGGUAUUGGAUGCGUUGAUUAAGAUCAAGAACGAAAUGGACCCAACGUUGACGUUCCGUCGUUCGUGCCGCGAAGGCAUUUGUGGCUCAUGCGCCAUGAACAUCGGAGGAACGAACACGCUGGCUUGCAUUAGCAAGAUCGAUCAGGAACACCUCGACAAACCUACUAAGAUCUAUCCACUGCCGCAUAUGUACGUGGUCAAAGAUCUGGUGCCGGAUAUGAACAAUUUCUACAACCAGUACAAGUCGAUUCAGCCGUGGUUGCAGCGCAAGAACGAAUCAACGGAGAAAAAGGGAGACGCCCAGUACCUACAGUCGGUUGACGAUCGCGCCAAGCUGGACGGGCUGUACGAGUGCAUCCUCUGCGCUUGCUGUUCGACCUCGUGUCCCUCAUACUGGUGGAACGGUGACAAGUAUCUCGGCCCGGCUGUGCUGAUGCAGGCCUACCGCUGGAUCAUCGAUUCCCGCGAUGAGUCGACCACGGAACGAUUGAGCAAACUGAGGGAUCCCUUCAGUGUGUACCGGUGCCACACGAUUAUGAACUGCACCCGUACCUGCCCGAAGGGGCUGAAUCCGGGCAAGGCCAUUGCCGAGAUCAAGAAGCUGCUGUCGGGUAUUGCUAAGAAAGGUGCUCCCGGUUUGGAAACCGCCGCCCUGCAUCACAAGUAAAUGGUGCUGCGUCGAGGAAAAAGAUCUCUAUAUUUUUGCUGUUCAAACUGUUCAAACAGGGGGUAAUUUGCCGUUUAUCGUCGCAACUGUGAGUAGAAAUAAUUUCUUGUGUUAAUUUUUCUGCAGCGCAACAUGUUUUGAGAGUGGGUGCAAAAUCGUAAUUUAUUUAUGUUGGGUUUGAGGCGUUUGACGUAUUAAUAAAAACAACUCUUUAGUGCAGAAACAAUACACCGAUACUGCUGGUAAAAUU